UUCUUCACGCCGAUCUGCACGUCCGGACCGAUCCCCAGACAGCGGACUGGCGCGGUGAGCUCAGUACCUCGAGGAGGCCCUGAGGAGGGCAGGAUGGGGCUGGCAGAUCGGCGGACGGGGGUUCCCAGCAAGGCGAGGCCGAGCAAGGGACGAGGUUCUACUCCCAGCGGGCCCCUCCCAGCGCAGGACGGGCAAAGCUGCGACGCCUCCGGUUGUGUGCGGGCUGCGCCGCACGUCCCCUCGGUUGGAAAGAUGACGCUCCUACAGGAGGAAGGCGGGAGGCGUGUCUGACCGGCGGAGCUGAAAAUCUCUAGCCCAGGCUCGCUUUAAGCUGCGGCAGAGGCGACAUGUCGCUCGUGCUUUCUCGCCGCCUGUGCCGGGCGCUGCUGCUCCUCCUUCUCGCUCUGCUCUCCAGAGGCGCUUCCGCCGAACCCCCGUCGGCGGAGCAGCGCUGCUUUUGUCAGGUCACCGGUCAUUUAGACGACUGCACUUGUGAUGUCGAGACUAUUGAUACCUUCAACAAUUAUAACCUUUUUCCCCAGUUACAAGAACUUCUGCAAAGUGAUUAUUUCAGAUAUUACAAGGUUAACCUAAAGAAGCCUUGUCCUUUCUGGAGUGAUGGCAGUCAUUGUGGAAUUAGGCACUGUGCUGUUAAUCCGUGCCCAUCUGAAGAGGUUCCUUGUGGAAUUAGAUCAGAGACUAAUAAGUAUUCAGAAGCAGCUGCUGCCACUCCCUUGGCUGAAAGCUGUGAAAAAGCAGAAAACCUUGGGGCUGUUGACAAAUCUUUGAGUGAAGAAACUGCACGGGCUAUGAUUCAAUGGACUCAGCAUGACGAUUCUUCAGAAAACUUUUGUGAAGCUGAUGAUAUCCAUUCCCCUGAAGCGGAGUAUGUAGAUUUGCUUCUGAAUCCAGAACGUUACACUGGCUACAAAGGCCCUGAAGCCUGGAAGAUUUGGAACAGUAUUUAUGAAGAAAACUGUUUUAAGCCUCGCUCAGUAAAAAGGCCUUUAAAUCCACUGGCUUCUGGUAGAGGAGCAAGAGAAAAUGAAGGGAAUAUGUUUUACAGCUGGUUGCAAGAUCUCUGUGUGGAGAAGAGAGCUUUCUACAAACUUAUUUCUGGUCUUCAUGCAAGCAUCAACAUUCAUCUCAGUGCUAGAUACCUUUUGCAAGACACGUGGGCAGAGAAGAGAUGGGGGCACAAUGUUACAGAGUUCCAGCUGCGCUUUGAUGAGGUCUUGACACAAGGUGAAGGUCCUAGGAGGCUGAAGAACCUGUAUUUCAUCUAUCUCAUUGAGUUACGGGCCCUCUCAAAAAUCUUGCCCUUUUUUGAACACCCUGAUUUCCAGCUUUUCACAGGGGAUGAAGAUCAGGAUAUAAAAACCAAGAACCACCUCCUGGAAAUUCUUCAUUUAACUAAAUCUUUUCCUUUGCACUUUGAUGAAAAUUCACUUUUUGCUGGAAACCAAAAGGAAGCUGCCAAGUUAAAGGAAGAAUUUCGGUUCCAUUUUAAGAACAUUUCAAGGAUCAUGGAUUGCGUAGAGUGCCUGAAAUGCCGCCUUUGGGGGAAGCUGCAAACUCAGGGCUUGGGAACAGCACUGAAGAUCCUGUUUUCUGAAAAACUGAUAGAAAAUAUAUCAGAAAAAGGUCCUUCACAUGAAUUUCAUCUAACAAGGCAGGAGAUUGUGUCCCUCUUCAAUGCUUUUGGGAGGAUUUCAACAAGCGUUAAAGAAUUAGAAAACUUCAAGGAGCUCUUACGCCCUCUUCAGUGAAUUGACCCUGAUGGAGACCAACUUUCUUGUUUUAUGCAGAUUGGGCUCAAAGUGAUUUCUGCUGGUGUUGUGCCAGCAUGAUCCCAUUCUUGGCAAGAAGGGCUAAGUCAACAUGAAAAUUGGUCACAUUCUCUAGCUUACAAGUUUAUAUUUGGCUCUGAGGUAGCUGAAAUAUUCAUGAAAGACUCUUCUUCCAGAGCAGGAUAUACAUAUUGGCCUUAUGCAUUCUAUUUUUUUUAAACACACACACACAAACACAUAUAUAUAUCAUGAGGGUGGGAGAAAUGUAUCCUUCCUGGUAAUUGCUGAACUACAACUUCUGGCAGCCUUUAUCAGCAUGACCAUUAGUGAGAGAAGCUAGGAAUUGUACUUUACCCAAUAUGUGAAGAACUUCAGGUUCCUUACCCCUUGUUUGCAAGGUUUCUUCCAGCCUGAAGGAUCUUAUCUACUACUGAUAAAAAGGCACAGUGCAGCUAUUCUAUAUAUUUUUCUAUUUGUGGAAGGAAAAGGCUGGUUGAAAAAAACCAUGGUUACAAAUGAGGCAUGAUGACAUCACCUGGGUUCCCUGCAAAGCAACUGCAUGAUAAAAUGCCUCAUUUAGACACAUGAUUUAGAAUCUCUUCAUCUUACAUAACAGUGUCUCUUAACAAAAAUUACUUUCUGCUUCAGUGUCCUUAAAUAAUCCUGUGUAAGAUGCCCAAAACAACCUAAUCUCACAUAUUAGAGUGAAUGAGCGAUAUAUUUACAAGAGCCAUUCGAGGCAGGUCCACUUGCCUGUUCAACAUAGGAAUUUACAUUAAAGCAUUUCCAGCAAGAUGGCUCUCUCCUCUCACAGGGUUUGUGUCAGUGGUGGGAUUCAAAUUUUUUACCUACCGGUUCUGUGGGCGUGGCUUGGUGGGCAUGGCAGGGGAAGGAUACUGUAAAAUCUCCAGCCAGAGGUGAUAUUUGCCAGUUCUCUGAACCACUCAAAAUUUCUGCUACCAGUUCUCCAGAACUGGUUUGUGUGUCAUUUUUUGAAGCUGGCUGGAAGUGGAACUCCAGACUUAAUAUUUCCAGUCAGUUCCUGUUUAUCACUGAGUUGUAUGAGAUGGGUCUAUGACAAUUUGCUGCAGCCAACUGGCCACAGUCAACUGGCCACGGCCAACUUGUCACAACCAACUGACCACAGCCAGCUCACUGCAGGACAACUCAUUGCAGGACAAUAGUUACACUAAUAUCAAAGAAAUAGUGGAAUAUAAUCAUUAAAGAAAGGAUGCAACAGGAGGAACCAAAUGAAAUGUGAACAACAAAAAAUUAAAAUAAUUUUUAAAUAAUUCAAUUGAAUUCUUAAAUUGUCCCACAGUGAGUUGUCCUGUGGCAAGUUGGCUGUGGUGAGUUGUCCCAUGGUGAGCUGGCCAUGGUGAGUUGUCUCAUUCCAGUAUGAGAUUCCCUCUUUAUUCUCC